UUUCAUAUCAGUUGGGAAAUGAUAGAACAACUGCAGAAAGAAAACUCACCUGAUUAAAAAACAAACAGUAAAAGUCUAUCUUUUCUGGGAUUUCUGAGCUGUUCUUUUUUUUUAACUACAACAGCCUAAGGUAAUUUUAUCCCCAAGUGGCGUUAUGCAGUUCGACAGUGAAGGCUAAACUGGAAGACAUUUUAAAACUGGAAAUCCCGUUUUACAGUUUGGAUGUUUGUGUUUACGUCGGCGUGUGAGUCAACCCGUUGUUCAAAUUUUGUUUACAUGAAAUAGUGAAAGGUUUAAGAACCAGCUGCAUCUCUGCACCUUUUCUGCGCGCCAUUAAAGCGAUACCAAUGGGAACUUUUGGCAUGAUCAGUCGACUAAGCGUCGAUUGGUGCGAUGAUUUUUGUGCGUUUGGAGCCGAAUGGAAACGCAAAAAGUCCUCCCUGUACUUCUAGUUCUCCUUCUUCUCCCACUUGAUCGGAUAAUUUGAUGAUAACUAUCCGAGUUGUGAUGUGAUAUGCGAGUUACAGAGGAGGAGGACGACCGGACGUCGGGCGCCACCGAGGCGGCCGAAUGUGUGGAACUUCGUGCCAUCCGGAUCCAGGUGACUGGACAGCGUUUUUGCAGCAACCGGGUCUCGACGGCGAAAUACAACGCCCUCUCCUUCCUACCUUGCUUCCUCUUUGAGCAAUUUCGACGCUACUCCAACUGCUUUUUCCUAUUCAUCGCCCUACUCCAGCAAAUUCCCGAUGUUUCACCGACGGGUCGAUACACGACGCUCGUUCCAUUGCUGUUCAUCCUAGCCGUGUCGGCCACUAAGGAAAUUGUCGAAGAUGUCAAACGACAUAAAGCUGACCAGGAGACCAAUAAAAGGCAGGUGGAAGUCUUGCGUGAUGGCCAAUGGCUCUGGUUAGCUUGGCAGCAAAUUAAUGUCGGAGAUGUCGUCAGAGUCAGAGCGGGGGCGUUUUUCCCAGCUGAUUUAAUCUUGAUUUCCUCAAGUGAGCCACAUUCGUUGUGCUAUAUCGAGACGGCCAAUUUGGACGGUGAAACCAACUUGAAGAUCCGCCAAGCUUUGCCGACAACGGCCAAACUGUUGAGCGUAUCAGCUCUGAAGGAUUUGCAAGGCAUUCUCCACUGCGAACUACCCAAUCGUCACUUGUACGAAUUCAAUGGCACGCUCCGACUCGCCAAAUAUGAGCCGCUUGCCUUAGGUCCGGAUCAAUUGCUACAGAGAGGAGCCCGGCUUCAAAACACCAAAUGGGCAACCGGAAUCGUCCUCUAUACCGGCCAUGAGACCAAACUAUUGCAAAAUUCAUCUGCAGCCGCGCCGUUAAAAAGAUCGACUGUAGAUCAAGCGGCCAAUAUGCAAAUCUUGUUACUGUUUUUCUUGCUGGUUAUGCUCGCAUUACUGGCUUCCAGUUUCAAUGAGUUUUGGGCCUCCUAUUUUGGCUUCUCACAUUGGUACAUUGGAUUAGAAGAUUUACCAACUGCCAACUUCGGCUACAAUUUAUUGACGUACAUCAUUCUUUUUAACAACCUCAUCCCCAUUUCCUUGCAAGUCACGAUCGAAGUGGUGCGGUUUUUUCAGGCCACAUUCAUCAACAAUGAUUUGGAAAUGUACCACGUAGCGACGAACACGCCGGCGUGUGCCCGAACUUCUAAUUUGAACGAGGAACUCGGACAAGUUAAAUACGUUUUCACUGACAAGACGGGCACGUUGACGCAAAAUAUAAUGGAGUUUCAGCAGUGCUCAGUGGGUGGUACUAUCUACUCGGCCAAAAACGAUGUGGUCGUCAACAGUUCGGGCAUGGCUUCAUCAAUGAUCCAGGAUUUGACGGCCAAACAUUCGAACGCCCCCUACAUCCGAGAGUUCCUUACCCUUUUGGCUGUCUGUCACACGGUCAUACCCGAAAAGGAUGAAACCAAUCCGAACAUCCUACACUAUCACGCUGCUUCUCCAGAUGAAAGAGCUCUGAUUCAAGGAGCCGCCCGUUUAGGAUGGGUCCUGUCGUCACGCACACCAGAAACACUCACGAUCACAGCCGAGGGUAUGGAACAUCGUUACCAACUCCUUCACAUCCUCGAGUUCAGCAGCGACCGUAAACGCAUGUCGGUCAUUGUCCGGACGCCUUCCGGAAAGAUAAAGCUCUUUUGCAAAGGAGCCGAUACCGUCAUUUAUGAGCGAUUAGGCAACGUCGUCCCUACCGGCCCUCAACAACACCAACAAUACAUCAGACAGGUGACAACAAGCCAUUUGGAAUCGUUCGCCCGUGAAGGCCUGCGCACCCUGUGCUGCGCAGUGGCCGAGAUCCCUCACGACAUUUACGAAGAAUGGAAGCACACGUACCACAGAGCGUCCACUUCGAUGCAGAAUCGAGAGGAGAAAUUGUCGGAUGCGGCCAACCUCAUUGAGAACAAUUUGGUCCUGCUUGGCGCUACGGCCAUUGAAGACAAAUUGCAAGAAGAGGUUCCGGAAACAAUUGAAGCAUUACUAGAGGCGGACAUCCGCCUUUGGAUGUUGACGGGUGACAAGCAGGAAACGGCCAUUAAUAUCGGACACGCGUGUCGCCUUCUGAAUUCGAACAUGGAAUUAUUGGUCAUGAAUGAGGAUUCGCUCGAUGGGACCAGGGAAGUCAUUGGUCGGUGGUUGAGCACCCGAUCUGAAGGUAGUUCACCCCUCAGCAUCACGAUGGCCUCAUCGGCCGCCCUGGUCGUCGACGGCCAGACGCUGAAGUACGCCAUGAGCUGCGAUUUGAAGAAAGAUUUCCUUCAACUGUGCCUGCAGUGUCGGGCAGUUAUUUGCUGCCGUGUUACGCCCAGUCAGAAGGCCGAGAUUGUCGAGGCCGUGACAGUUGAGACGCAAGCCGUGACGCUGGCCAUCGGCGACGGUGCCAAUGAUGUGGCCAUGAUCCAAAAGGCCCACGUCGGAGUCGGCAUCUCCGGAAUGGAGGGCUUGCAAGCGGCCUGCGCUUCGGAUUACUCCAUCGCCCAGUUCCGCUUCCUACGGCGGCUACUCCUCGUCCACGGCGCCUCCAACUACUACCGCAUGUGCCGUCUCAUUCUCUACUCGUUCUACAAGAACAUUACCCUCUACGUCAUUGAACUUUGGUUCGCCCAUUACUCUGCCUGGUCGGGGCAGAUCCUCUUUGAGCGAUGGACCAUCGGUCUCUACAAUGUACUAUUCACAGCUGCACCACCUUUAGCUCUGGGACUUUUUGACCGCCGAUGCACCGCCGAGGUUUCCUACAGAUACCCUCAGCUCUACAAACCUUCCCAAACUGCCCAACAUUUCAAUGUCAAGGUCUUUUGGUACUGGAUGUUGAAAGCUCUGCUUCAUUCCGUGUUGCUGUUUUGGCUACCGUUGAUGGCCUUUGGCGAGGAUAUUGUGUGGUCUAACGGCAAAGAUGGUGGCUAUCUGAUACUGGGCAAUGCUGUGUACACUUACGUGGUGGUCACAGUGUGUCUGAAAGCGGCCCUGGAAACCUCGUCAUGGACGUGGCUUUCUUUAUUGGCCAUCGGGGGAUCUGUUUUGACCUGGUUCCUCUUUUUGGCUUUUUACAGUCAUUUCUGGCCGAGUUUACCCAUUGCUGCCAACAUGGCCGGCAUGUCACACAUGCUCAUGUCUUCGCCAGUAUUUUGGUUCGGGUUGAUCCUGGCCCCAGUCACUGCCCUACUUUCCGAUUUUUCCAUCAAAACGUUUUGGAACACAAUGUUCAAGUCAUUCACUGACCAAGUAUGCGAAAGAGAGAUAAACCUACAGCGAUCCGAAUCGGGGAAGCUGUUGGAUAGUCAGCGGAGGGACUCAAGGACCAAAUUGGUGGAGACAGCCCGAUUGAUGCGCAGCGUCCGCAAUGUUUUCCGACGGCCGCACACUUCAUCGGAUGGAGCUCGCGGCCAAACGGAACUCGAACUUUCUCACGGAUACGCUUUCUCACAAGAAGAGCACGGAGCGGUACGGCAAGGAGAUAUGGUUCGAGCCUACGACACCACUUUGCCUUCGAGGUUUAUGGACAAACUGUAAAAGAAAGUAAACACAACAAA